CGGACAGUGAGCGCGUCGCGCAGAGACACGGACAUGAGGACACACUGAGUGCAGAGGACUGAGACUGAGACUGAGCCGCGGACCGUCAGCGCAUUCCUGUGAAAGGACAACUGAUGCUCGGACCUAACAUCACGCACUCCCAGUUGACAGAUUAGCACUAAUCCUCCCGGUUGCCGGUGCGCCUUUUGGCACUCGUGGUAACGUGAGGACAGAUGCUGUUUCUGAUCACUUUCCAUGAUUAUUGAUCUGCUUCAUGCCACAGGACAGGACAGGACAGGACAGGACUGUAAUUCCCUCUUGGAUUUAACUCCUCAUCAACAGCACACUUUCCUUUAGUCUGCAGCGCACGGAGAUGGCGCAAAGGUACGAGGAGCUGGCUCACUACGGAGGCGCGAUGGACGGAGUCGGAGUCCCCACCUCCAUGUACGGAGACCCGCACGGCCCUCGGCCCCUGGCCCAGGUCCACCACCUGAACCAUGGGCCCCCGCACACGCACCCGCACCCCACGCAGCACUAUGGAGCCCACGCGCCGCACAGCCUCAUGCCCAGCAGCAUGGGCAGCACCGUCAACGACGCGCUCAAGAGAGACAAGGACCAGAUCUACGGACACCCUUUAUUCCCACUGUUGGCUCUGGUGUUCGAGAAGUGCGAGCUGGCGACGUGCACGCCCAGAGAGCCCGGGGUGGCAGGAGGGGACGUGUGCUCCUCGGACUCCUUCAAUGAAGACAUCGCCGUGUUCGCCAAACAGAUCCGCGCAGAGAAACCUUUAUUCUCUUCCAACCCGGAGCUGGACAACCUGAUGAUUCAAGCGAUUCAAGUCCUACGAUUUCAUCUCCUGGAAUUAGAGAAGGUCCAUGAGCUGUGUGAUAACUUCUGCCACCGGUACAUCAGCUGCCUAAAAGGCAAGAUGCCGAUCGACCUGGUCAUAGAGGACCGAGACGUCUGCAAGUCGGACUUCGACGACAUCACCGGAUCCUCGACCAACCUGGCAGACCAUAACCAGCAUCCUGGAGAGGACAUGGAUGACGCCCACUCUACACCCUGUGGCACCCCGGGUCCGUCCAGCGGGGGACACGUCUCUCAGAGUGGCGACAACACCAGUGAACUCGUUAGGGCCACUGCACAGUUCUUGCUUCAGUCUUCACACAUCAUGCUGGUCCAGCCAAUGCCUCGGGAGAGGCUCCUUUUUCAGGAUUGGCUCCUGUGGCCCCGGGGCAAUACUCAAGCCAUCCCCGCGGUAAUGCCCACCCCUCCAUCUACCCCCCCUCACCACGACGUGAAGACACUGGCAGGCAGGGUGGAGGGGGGGGCGAUUGAAUUAAUAGCUCUUGGUUUUAUUGAGCUCCCACACUACAAACUCCUCUUCAUUAUCCAGCGCUGGGGAGUCAAGCGGAGGAGACCCCUCGAUAACAGCUUGGCAUCGCCGGGCACGGGAGACGAGGAUGACCAGGACAAGAAGAGGCAGAAGAAACGAGGCAUCUUCCCCAAAGUAGCCACAAAUAUAAUGAGAGCGUGGCUCUUCCAGCACCUCACGCACCCAUACCCCUCAGAGGAACAGAAGAAGCAGCUAGCACAAGACACGGGCCUCACCAUCCUCCAAGUGAACAACUGGUUUAUCAAUGCAAGGAGGAGAAUAGUCCAACCUAUGAUCGACCAGUCCACAGAGCAGGGUACAGCUUACAGUCCAGAUGGCCAGCCAAUGGCAAGCUUUGUUCUUGAUGGGCAGCAGCAUAUGGGUCUCCGACCUGGAGGGCCGAUGGGGGGCAUGGGUAUGAACAUGGGCAUGGACGGGCAGUGGCACUACAUGUAAAUCCGCUCCACUGAGGCAAGCCUGGAAAAACAGGGUGAAGCCUCCGUGGUUGGCUCAGGGAUCUUCUUCAUCUGGCCGUGGAGCUCAGUACCGGAGCUGCCUCUGCAGCCGCCACAUCGAACCCACCUGACCGGACACCCACUCGACCACUCCCACCUCACCUAUAGCCCGAGCCCGCACGGUGCACGCGUAAAAGGAUCAUCACCAUGGAAACGCCGAAGCUCUGCUCCAGAGGCCGCUGACAAACUGUGACUGUUAAGUGAACAGAGACUUCCUAGUGAAGAAAAGCAGUCGGACACCUCGGCCCCUUUCUUUUAAAUUAUUUAUUUAUUUUUAUACACGGGGAAGACUCUUUUUCUCUUUUCUUAUUUUUCAAGUAAAGCUUUACCCCUCCUCCCCCCCAAACCCCAAACCUGAAAUAACCCCUGGCCAUCCCCUCCGAAUCAUAUUGGUAUAAAGGAAACACACACACACACACACACAAACACACACAUCCUUUACAGGACAAAAGUAAAAACACUGUGAAUAUGUUUUAAGAGAAAUGAUGAGAGUUGUAAUUGUUGUGCUGUAUAGAUUAUUUAGCUGUUCUAUCCAUGUCUUCGCCUGUGAUCACUAGACGUUAGAGGGAGCUUUUUACCACUCACAUGUUUUCUUCAUCUCAACUUCAACCAAUAUUUUUAAAUUAAAAUCAAAUCAUCUGAAUGCUUGUUUGUGUUUCUCAUGCACUGCACCUCUCUCUC